AUGGGUUAUACAAAACCAAUCACAGUAAACCAGCCAAAAGCGACAGCCACAGGCCAGCAAGUUUCGUCAAGGCAGGAGCCCAAUACAAAGCAGAACGCAGAGAAACCUCAGUUUACUCCCAUUCUAAUAACGUAUCGGGAGCUGUACAAAAGUUUAUUCGAUGCGCACAUUGUAUCCCCGUUCUACUUAAGACCGUUGCAACCCCCAUACCCCAAGUGGUACGAUGCAAGUGACCAACGUGAAUAUCAUGCAGGAAUCACAGGACACUUGAUAGAGAACUGUACCUCUUUCAAAAAGGUAGUCGAAAGGCUCAUCAAAAUGGGUGUUGUGAAUUUCGAUGAUGCACAUAGUGUAGAAAAUUCGUUACCCAACCAUACUAAUAAUGGGGCAAACGCGAUAGUCGAGAAUAUGGGGAGGAAAGUUAAGUUGGAUGUUGCAGAAAUAGAAACCCCGUUGAGGGAGGUUUGGAAGAAGAUGAUGGAAAGAGAGUUGAUUAUGCAAGACUUGAGGAGAAAAUCCCGAGAGAGGAGGAACUACUGUGAGUUCCAUAAUAAGGAGGACCAUGAGAUUGAAACAUGUGAUGAAUUCAGAGCCCUGGUACAGGGUCUAAUGGACAAUAAAGAGCUGGAGUUAUUUGAAUUUACUGAGGAGGAAGAUGUAUGCACCUCGAAAGAGAGGUUGAUGGAGAAGGUUUCUGAGAAACCCACGGCUUUUCCUUAUAAAGAUAGCAAAAGGGUGCCUUGGAAUUAUAACUGCAAUGUGGCAUUAUCAGGAGAGGGGAGUCCGGUCAGUACGUCAGAUACAAAAGUCGAGCUUGUAAAAGGGAAGUCUUUGAUGAUUGAACAGGGGGAAGAAAGGUCAAGAUCACUGGUUAAUAAGCCUAUAACGGAGAAAGAAGUUAAGAAAUUUUUGAUGUUUCUAAAGUACAGUGAGUAUAGUGUGGUGGAACAAUUACACAAACAAUUAGUGCGCAUAUCGGUGCUAGCUUUGCUCCUAAAUUCGGAGGUACACCAUAAUGCAUUGAUGAAUGUGUUGAAAGAAACUUAUAUCGCUGAUGACAUUUCGGUAAACAAGCUAGACCGUCUUGUCAGCAACAUAAGUGCUGAUAAUUUCAUCUCUUUCAGUGACGAUGAGAUACCUCCUGGGGGCAUGGGAUCCACCAAAGCUCUGCACAUCACCACUUACUGCAAGGGGUAUACAUUACCAGGGGUACUAAUUGAUAAUAGAUCAGCGUUGAAUGUCUUGCCCCUAUCCACAUUGAAUAGGUUGCUAAUAGAUAGUUCUCAUAUGAAGACAUGCCAGAACAUAGUAAGAACAUUUGAUGGCACUAAAAGAAAGGUAAUGAGAAGGAUUGAAGUGCCUCUUCUAAUCGGAUCGAACACAUAUGAGCUAGAUUUCCUAGUCAUGGAUAUCAAGCCUUCUUAUAAUUGUUUAUUGGGGAGGCCGUGGAUUCACUCGUCAGGGGUAGUACCAUCAUCGUUGUACCAAAAGCUAAAGUUGAUGACAGAAGGCCGGCUGGUAAUGAUAAAUACAGAGGAGGACAUUAUUGCAUCCGUCACUAGUGAUGCGCUAUAUAUAGAAAAUGAUAAUGAGGCUACGAGGAUGAGAUUGCAACUAAUAGUGGGAAAUGGGGCAUUGCUUGGAAGGUGUCUUGGAAAGUAUCUUCAUGAACGAGUUGAGGUGCCGAUUUUGGCUCAUAAACAAGAUCGUUUUGGCUUAGGGUAUAGGCCAGAUGCAAAGCAAAAGUGA